UAAGACGACAAACCUUGAAAGUUUGGCAUUGGUAAUUGGUUUAUUUUGUGACCCAUAGAAAUUAAUUUCGUAUUUCCGUACCAAAAUAUUUAUGUUUUCAGUAUGUAUAUUUCAAUAUUAUUCUAUAAAAGUGAUUAAUAAAUUCUUUCUUUUAAUAUCCCAAUAUAAUUCACAAUGCAUUAAGUAUUUACAAAAUAUUGUCAUGUUUGGCGGGCAUAGAACUCCGUAGUGGCUUGAUGGUUCCUUGUUAGUCAUGUCGGAUUGCGCGCUGGUAACCAGUGUAAGCGAACACGAUGCCAGUAUGGAUGUGGGGAACGAUAAAUCCCUCUUCGAGCCUACUAUUGAAAUGAUGGUAAAUGAUUUUGACGACGAGAGAACAUUAGAUGAAGAAGAAGCUCUGGCGGCGGGUGAGCAUCAAGAUCCAAAAGCAGAAUUGAAUAGUCUACAGCGUGAAGGUGAUAUGCCCUUAGAAGAAUUACUGGCUUUAUAUGGUUAUAAUAGAAACAUGGAGAAGCCAGCACCAGAACCGACUCCUGAAGUAGUAGCAGUGGAGAAUGAUAAGAAUGAAUCUGAAUUACAGCAAUUAUACACUGAGACAACAAAUACAGAGGUCCCUCGGUGCCUGAGAUCUGGCUCUAGACCCCCUUCGGAGGAAGAGGAAGAUUAUGAUUACAGUCCUGAUGAGGAUGAUUGGAAAAAAACUAUUAUGGUUGGGAGUGAUUACCAAGCUGGUAUUCCUGAAGGUUUGUGCAGCUAUGAUGAUGCAUUACCAUAUGAGAAUGAAGAUAAAUUAUUAUGGAACCCAGAUAUUCUUGAUGAAAAAGUGACUGAAGAAUAUAUGAGAAAAAUAUGUGCUAUGAAUAGUGAAACAGGUAUUGAUGCUGUACCUCGUGGCAAACAAUUAAGGGAUGAUGAAGAAGCAUUAUUUUUACUCCAACAAUGUGGUCACAAUGUAGAUGAGGCACUUAGAAGAAGACGUAUCACUUCACAAACACCAGCUCAUGCCAAUGUCUGGUCAGAAGAGGAAUGUCGGAACUUUGAAAAUGGUAUUAAAAUGCAUGGGAAGGACUUCCAUUUAAUACGACAGCAAAAAGUCCGUACAAGAUCAGUCGGAGAGUUAGUACAAUUCUAUUAUAUUUGGAAGAAGACUGAACGACAUGAUAUAUUUGCAAACAAAACCCGGUUGGAAAAGAAAAAAUAUACUUUACAUCCUGGCCAUACUGAUUACAUGGACAGGUUUUUAGAAGAACAGGAAGCUACUGGUGCAACUAUUGUGCGACCUGUAUCUCCAACACAGAUGAUGGUUUAUGUGUCUUCACCUGCACCUCAACCAGAUCCUCUUGCUUUAGGAGAGAAAGAGGAACUGGUUGACCGAACGCUGCUACAUAUUCAACUAGGUUUGCUGCUGCACAAUAAACCUGACCCAAUAUAGAAAAAUAUGUCUAAUAAUGAUAAUAAUACAAAACUUCAGGUGCAUAAAGAGAGAGAUAAUUUGAAGGUAACAGAUGUGAAAACUCCGUAAAGUAUAUUUAUCCAGAGGUAAGGAGACCUAGUUUUUUCUGUAUUAUCUAGUGAUUUGCCGAAAUCUUUUUUCUCUCUUUAACAUUUAUAUUUAAUACUGGCUCAUAGUAUAUUUGAAUAUACAGACAACUUAAAUAUUUUAUAAAUCUCAUUCGCUAUAACAUUCAUGUACUACAAAUCUUAUUAAGAAGAGCUACGAAUAAUCAUAAAAUUUAUUUGUCCUCAAAUCAA